AGACUCACCUAUCAGAGGAGAUCAUUCAACGUGAUCUGUUGGUGAGCAAGGUUUCGUUCGAUUAAGAGACCGGGCCAGAGGUACCGGGAUUUUUACUGGUGCAUUCAAUCUGUCAUCGUGAAAUGAUUCCAACUUGUAGAGAUGCUAAGAAGUAGCGAGUCAUCCGAAACCUUCAGACAGUAAGUUACCGAAGAAGCAUACCGCAUGCUGAGGCUGUAUAAAACAGACAUCCCGGUCAGGCGAUUAGAUAGCAUAAACGACGCGUAAAAAAAGAUUCCAAAUGCUACCAAGAAUCGUCCGACGGUGCCAAUGUCAGGAAAAGCUUGGUUUAGGCUCGAUUCAGGUUCGUGAGAUUCCGGCCCGAGACCGCCGAUGUGAGACGCGAUGUGACACACGUGACAUAUCCAUCUAUGGCUACAACCAGCAAACAAUACAAGGGCAUCGGGGAGGAUUUGUGGAAAGGCCGCUCAGAAAAAGUGAAUGCAGAGCUUUUUGCGCUGACAUACGGUGCACUGGUUGUCCAGCUUAUACAAGACUAUGAAGACUACGGUGAAGUGAACAAGCAGCUAGAGAAGAUGGGGUACAACAUCGGUACACGGUUGAUAGAAGAUUUCCUGGCGAAGAGUAGUUUGGGACGGUGCUCAGACUUUCGGGAAGUUGGAGAGGUCGUUGCAAAGGUCGGCUUCAAAUCGUUCCUCAACAUUUCACCAUCCGUCACACAUGGCACUGCUGCACCUCCAUCGUCGCCGGGGCGUCCGAAUAGCGUGGGCUCUGUACCAGGACCGUCAGCGUAUUUCACCCUAACCCUGGACGAGAACCCUCUGGCGGAGUUCGUUGAGCUCCCAGAAGAAGUCCUCGAAGGUGGUCUUUGGUUCAGUAAUGUACUGUGUGGGGUUAUUCGGGGAGCGCUAGAAAUGGUGAGUAACGGAUUAGCUGCUGUGUGCUGCCUUGGCUGGACAAUACUCUUGCAGGUGCAGAUGCAAGUACAGGCAGAAUUCAUAUCCGAUGUGCUACGGGGCGAUGAGACGACAGAGAUUCGAGUGAAGCUAAUAAAAUACUUGGAAGAAGAGGUUCCCGUUGGCGAUGAUUAGGUACUUACCUUUGCCUGUAUAAUAGCAUUUUACUCUGGGCCAUAAUUUAUAUGUAUAAUGAAUGCAGAGAAUAUUUUAUGAAUAACGGCCAAUGUGGUU